ACAGUAGUCGAAAUGAACAGUAAGAACGUAACGUUAUCGACGACCGCGAGAUGCGUCGAUAUUUGGAAAAUGGCGGAGGAAGUGAUUCGGAAUUCAACUCGUUUCAUACCGGAUCGUUCUAUACACGUGUAUCAACAUCGUGGACCCCUCCUCUUCCACGAAACUAUCACUACCUGAAGAUCAUCUUCCCGAGUAAAAGCCGCGUGCUAACCGAGUAUUGGCACAGACAGCAUCAUGAGCUUGGUAACGUUAGUGCUACUGUUGGCGACAGUGUCGAUCAGCCUGGCGAGCUCUCAAGCGACAGAGAUCUCCGACAAGGGUUUGCAAGUGACUCAAGCACCGAUAAAACUGGACAAGAACCUUCGGCGAGCUCUCUUAAAAGCCCUGACCGACUUGGAAGCGGAAUCGGCCGAGCAGCAUAGAGACGAAUUGGAGACGAUCGUUCAGAGGGACACGAACGAGUUCGAGGGUAUGGCAAAGAAGAACCUGAACGAUGAUAUCGGCGUGCAAAAGACCACGUUCUCGUUUAAGAGUUUCCCAAGCGACGACGACAUACCGAGCGAGGAUAAACUGCAGAAUUCCAAUUCCGUCGAGACGGUUCGUUACGUAACGCUGAAAGCACCUGUGAUGAACAUCGAGAAAGCCACGCAGGAAGACGCCAGGAGCUUUCACGUUCAAAGCGUGGUACUACCGACGAAGAAACCGAUGACCUUCGGAGCCAAAACCGAACCACGGCCAGAACAGAGAGAGAAAACGACUCAAGCUACGGUGAACACAUUUUCCGUGAAUAGAGUGGAAAGUUUAACUUUGAAGCCAACGGUCGAGAUCUCUGAGAGUCUCACGGGGAGUGCCACCAACGGGAUUGCCGCUGCUAAUGCUCUAGUUGCUCCAAAACCGACUGAAGUCACUCCCAUAGUUUCACGACCAAGCAACGCGACAGUAACCGAUUCCAACGAAUCGAAGGACAAAACGGAGGAGGUGAAGAUCUUCCAGGCACCUUUGGUCGCAGCAUUUACCGUGCAACAGGACGAGCGAGGCGUGCCGAAAAGCGUGGUUCCAAUAUUUCGAUCACCAAACGAUGGACAAGCUUUGACCCUGCAGGAACAGUUGGAAUUCAAACAGCAACUUCUGGAGAAGCAACUGGCGGAGCUUCAUCAGCAACAGAUUCAGCAGACGCAGUUUUUAGUGAGGCAGCAGCAGUUGUACGAACAGCAGCUGAGACAGAAGCAACAGCAGCAGCAGUACUAUCUUCAGGAACAGGCCAGGAUUAAACAGCUGGAAGAACAGGCUAAGCUUAAACAAUUGGAGGAACAGGCUAGAAUCAAGCAAUUCGAGGAGCAGAGACUGAAUAGGUUCCAGUCUCAGCGACCUGUGCCGCAGAAGCAAUUCUUCUUUGAACCAAGUAACAACUUCUUAACGUUCCAGCCACCCGUCGAGUCGAAUGUUCACCUGCAGCCUAGUUUGACUUUAGAAGUACCAAACGUUGGCGCGCCUCCAGCCUUUCAAUCAACCUUCCAGUCGGAUCAGUUACGUCUGCAAUCGUUCAGGCAGCAUCAGCAGCCGCAACAUCAGCUUCAACAGCAACAACUGCCGCAGUUACAACAUCCUCAACAACUGCAACAGUUGCAACAGCAGCAACAGCAUCAGCAACAGAGACUGCAACAAAGCGUCGGCUCUUUCUCGAACGAUUUUCAACCACCGGUAGCGUCUACCUCGAGGUUCAAUAGACAAGAAGCCUUCAAUUCUGUUGGAAACUUCGGUUUCAACGCGGACAACAAGGCGAGUAGUGGAAACUUUGGUUUUAACCCGCCGCAGAGAACUCCGGCGCAUUUUUUCAACCCUUUCACGCAGUUCAAGCCACAGACGAAGCCUCCGACGCCUGCCAGACAGAUUCAACAUCUUCUUUACCAAUCUGGUAUCGCCGGAGAUUUGAGCAGCGUUCAAGGUAUUGGGAAUCCAGAGGAUGUGAAUAUCGUGUCCAAAGUUCUGGCUCUGAAUGUGGGUGCUCUGCCGAAUAAUCAGUUCACAACAUCCGCGGGGAAGACGUCCGCGUGAAGAAAGAAACAGAAGGAGGCUGACGUUUGAUGAGUCAUGUCAAAUCGCUGCAGGACGGUACUAGCAAAGUGAAAUCGAGCUCUCACUUCUUCACUCUUUCGGUCCUCUUUGACCGCCUUCCUCGUCUCCAAUCCAACGUGACGUGUCCCGUAGGAAUUCUUGUCCCGGCGAAUGGCGAUGAGAUUACAUUAAUUUGAUACUUGCUCGCCUUUGGAAGGACCGAUGGAAUGUUGGAGAUGGUUUCUGCUGGAUUCAGGUUUUUAAUUCUUGUUACUACGAUUUCUUUGUCAAUCUUCUUGAAAUUUUGGCAUUUCGCUGAAGGUCAAGCAUUAAUCGCGGCAGAACUUCAUUUAAACAAAUACGUGUACACGCGUGUGUAAUAAGAAUAUUGAUUUUCUUUUGUUUUUCUAACUGAUGAUCAUAUUCUCUUAUUAUCAUAUUAUAUGUUUCAGUAUUUGUAUUUCUUUGUCAAAAUUAAUACAAAUUCUGUGAUUAACUAAAAUUUCGUCGUAAUGGAGUUCUACUAUUUUGACAGAGCGGGAACAAUAAUUCAUUAGAGAUAAAUUAAUGAGAACACGUAAACGUCGUAAAGACUAUUUGAUGUCUUGCCUAAGUUUCGUUGUACAUUACGAAAAAAAUUAAUCAAACCUCUUGCCUCUUAAUACUCGCAAUACUUGAAUUAAGAAUAAAUCAUAACGAUGCAGACUAUACUCGUACCAAAGUUCGUCAAUUGUACCUCUAAAUUCAACUCAUUUCUCCUAAUUUCCUAAUUACAAUUACUCGCCAAUUAAGGGGCUCAAUCUUUCCAGUUUCAAAGCAAAUGUUAUACAAAAAUCUACUUGCCCUAAUACUUUUGACCAGGCUUGUAUACGUAUGUUCAUCGAAACGAUCAUAAGGCAAGGCAUAUGUUCGAGAUGACUCCGUCGAUUAUUCGCAAGACUUGCUUUCCAGUAAUGAAAUGUAUUGGCAAUGCGUAUAUUGUAACGAGCACGAGCGCAAUCUCGGGCAAUUCCGAGUGAAAUCGAACCGAAACAGUUCGCACAACGAGCGUGCAACAGCUCACUAGCUGCAAGACGCGUGGGAUCGAAACGAUUCCCCGAAGAAAAACGCGACUUUCCACCGACAUCGCGACGUCCUCCUCGCAAUAAGAAACACCUAGACGAACUUAAAUGAUAUUAACUAGGAUCGGGAAGAUCUUCAGCUUAGGGAUUCACCGUUUUGCAUCAGACACGCUCAUGAAUUUUGUAAUCCGUGUUGCAACACGCAGAUUCUGUACAUAAUCGCACAAUCCCUUACUUCCUAGCCUCGAUUUCGCUUUCCUUCUUUUUCUUUUUCUUUUUUUUUUUGCUCUCCCAUUUUCUCUUCUUUUCUUUUUCUCUCGUCCAUGUCUGCGUCUUGUCUCUCUCUUUCUCUUCUUUUCCAUUAUUCUACUAUCAAGUUUCGUCACGGUUGUCCGUGAAACGUGCUCAAUCGUAAAGAACCGAGCACCGUGAAAUUCCCUUGCGGAUGAGGUUGCGAAGGAACUGAUUCCCUCGUUGAUGGGAUAUUGAUUGGCGUGAAGAUACCACGAAGGGAUUUAGCCGGUGUUCGAGACGGUGUUUCGCCGGUAAUAAUUAUUGUUAAUGUAAGACGAGCAAGGAAUGAGAGGAUGGCGAGUGACUUGCAGAGUAUCCUGGAAGUAUUUGCUGGUUGAUUAAGUUAUGAUAUCAUGGUACUACAAUUAACAAUGUUAUAUAUAUACUUCAGUUUUAUAUACAAUAAUUUAUAAUAUUUUAAUGCUUCAGUAAUUUAUAACAUAAUAAUUACCUCAGUGUUCUUUUUUUCUUUUUUCUUGAAAUUCGAAUCCAAGCAAACACAUAACGAUGAAGAUGUCGUAUCGAAAGAGGGAAUUUUUGACUGAAUAAAUUGAUUAAUUUCAAUAUUCCAAAAUUCUUGGUACUUUGCAGUGUUAAUUGUUCAACCGAAAGACCAACACAGAAUAAUGUCCAAUGAAAUGUCACGUUAGUCCUUGAACGUGUCAGAUUGGUGAAAAGUAAAUGAGCUAAUUAAAUAUAAUUAUAAAUUCGUCGUAUCUUUUCGUUAUAAAGGAUUAUAAAGAGAUUUUGGUGAAUAUUAUUUUUAAUUCUCUGCAAGAGGUUUUUUAAAUUGAAUUUAAAACAUAAAUAAACAUACAAAUAUAAGAUCAAAGUUCCUUAAUUUAUUGCUAGAGAAGUAAUGUUACAUUGUAAUCUCCUAAUCGAGUGUACUAGCACCACGAAAAUUUCAAGGACCUUGGCAUAAUCUCCUAAUCGCGAAAACCUAAUUUCCAUAGAUAUGAAUAUUAAUUAGCCAUUUGUUUUCCACCAACUGAGCACCUGAUUCUCCACCAAAAAAAGAACAA